AUGCGGUUGCAUGCCUAUGAAUCCUCUAGGAGUUAUAAAGAAAAGGUAAAAUUUUAUCAUGACAAGAAGCUGAUAAAGAGGGUUUUCAAUCCAGGACAACAGGUGUUAUUGUUCAAUUCAAGAUUGAAGUUGUUUCCUGGAAAGUUGAAGUCAAAAUGGUCAGGGCCUUUUAUGGUGAAGCACGUACAUCCUCAUGGAGUAAUUGAGUUGGUGGAUCCUGCUGCUGAUGAUCCACAGAGAAGUUGGGUGGUGAAUGGUCAAAGACUUAAGCAUUACGUGGGAGGAGAAGUGGAACGUCUUUCCACAAUGAUGAAUUUGGUGGAUCUGUGA